GACCCAGAGAGACUGAUAUUGAGGCUAUCAGCUCACUGGUUUCCAUAUUUGUUGGCAUACAUGUGCGUAGACUGUACUUAUUGUCAUUACCUUCAAUCAAAACGUUACAUUCACGUUAAGUUAGCGUUGCGUCUCUCUGUUGACAGUUUGAAUAUGGACCGCGGUUGUAAGUUCGCCGUUCUCUUGGUGCUUUCUGCCGGAUGGAUUACUUUACUUACGCCGAUGAUGACGGUAAGGUUUGGUAUGGUAAACUAAGGCGUUGCUAUGGUGAUAUUCUGUCCGCCAUGUUGGAUGGUUAAACCUGGAAGUCGUCAAGUCUAAGGUUAAAUCUAAAUCUUCCCGAUUCAACCAACAGCAUCUUAUAGAUCAAGCACUGUUUUGUAACGGAUAAAAUUAUGGAUAAGAGUAUGGCUUUAACUUAUUUCACUAAUUGAGUAUGGCGGUGUUGGUAUUUUCCUCCUGUAGACUUGGAACUUCCAGGACAAAAUUCCGACACCAAUGCCGAAGCGUGUCUUUGUGGCAAACGGCACGACUCUUGGACCUGCCACCCCUGGGAAAGUCACGCCUCCUUCUCUUGACCAAGUCACGUGCCCAAGCAAAACGAAGAUCGUCGUCUUAAACAGGGAUCGACUCUUUCGCCAAGGAGACGUCCUGGAGGUGAGGGUAACGGCACGAGACGCAGAAGGAAGACCGAAGGCCCACGGCGGAGACUUUUUCCGCGCUAGGCUGAUCGGCAACCUUACGCUGCAGGAAAGUAGCGCUGGUGACGUGACCGACCACGAUAACGGCUCCUACACCGUGCAGUUCCCGCUCUACUGGGUAGGGGGCGUCUCGAUACGGAUCCAACUCGUCCAUCCGAGCGAAGCAGUGGAGGUCCUGCAACGAGUGCGAGAAGUUCCUAACAAGAGAACCUUCCACUGCACCUUUGUCGGGGUGAAAACCGGCGUCACCGAAGAGCGUCAGUGCUUCAGCGCUCCCUACCCCAACCUGCCGCUCCACCAACAGUGCGAUUUCUCAAAAGCGGACGCGAACGGUACCUGGUUUUGCGAGAGGCCGGAGAAACUCCCGUGUAACAGCAUCUCAAAGUGCAUAUUUAUAUUCAAUAAUGCUAAGUUGAUGGGCCUUGUGUCACAAGAGGAAAAGAAAUUCUUUAAAAAGCCAUACCUGGAAGAAGAACUGGAAGCAAACCUCUCGGUGCCCAUCCGUGUCCAUCCGCCUGCAGUGCGCAUGCCCAGUCCUGCAGAUCUAAAAGCGUGUCCUGGGAACGAGUCUUCCUCUCUGACCCCGGGUACCCAGGGACAUUGGUCACGUGGGGUUUGGAAGUCAUCCAUCUGUAACGUGAGAAUUUUUAAAACAACAGACGUCCAACGGUGCCUGGCUAAUAAGACCGUUUACCUACACGGUGACUCCACAAUCCGCCAGUGGUACGAAAGGCUGGAGGCGAUGCUGCCGCUACGGAACGUCAAACAACACACUUCGGGUUUGCCAACUACUCUUUGUUACGUAAAGAAAUGUCCCUUGAAACGAUGCAUCCCUGAUACUCAGAGCAAGGCUUAUCUAAAUCUCUACAUUGAAAAUCCUAAAGCCCAACUGUUCUUCUUCACCUGCCUGUCAUCGUAAAAGUCACUAAACAGUUGCAAGUGCCCAUGUGCAGCCGUGAUGCAUUGUGAUCUAAACCUUGGAGAUUCCCGAUAAUGAGCUGAUUUGCCGUUUAACUGCAUAUGCGCAGAUGAACUGCUGGGUAAAAUGUCAAAAGUGAAGGCUCCUCAACCUGUAAAAAUGUUUUGUCUAGACCAUCUUUAAGACAUGUCCAGACGUUACCUUUGACAUAUUAAGUAGGGUGCCUCUCGAUGUGCAUGCGCAAUAUAAACCGCGAAACGGCUUACAUUUAAUCUAUUGCCGUUUCUAAAGUCAUUGUCAGUGUCAUAUUCAUUUUGGUGUUUCGAUUUUGUAAACAUGUAGCUAAAAAAUAAAGGAAGGACAUUUAGAGAU